UGUCCCAUCCCCUCCACAGGGAUUCCCACGCCGCAGGAAUUGUCCCUGGUGAGCGUUUGCCUUCCAGAGCCUUCCCCGGCCAUCCUCGCCCUCCCCAGCUGCCGGCGGUUUUCCCCGGGGGAGGACGGUCCAUCCUCAGCCCCUCUGACCUUCCCCUGGCUCUGGGGCAGGAGCAGCCCCGUCCCCUCCUGCCCCCUCCAAACUCCCGCUCUCUGCCGCCUUCCGGGCUCGCUGUUCCCCAUCCCGGGAAGGAGGAGGCUGGGAAUUAGGGAUAGAGCUCCCUGGGUAAGUUUGUGGGGUCCCAAGAGCUGCCGGAGCAUCCAUGAGCAGGACAGGGGGUAGCAAAGUCAGCGGGACGAGCUGGAGGGACACACCCAGGUGGGAAUGGCCGGUGCAGUGCCACAGGUGUGGUGGCAGCCAGGGAAUCUGCACUGAGAGGUGCCACAGCAGAGGAGAAAUCCCAGGAGAGCCCCCGAGGCUGGAACACAGAGGAUCCGAGAUGAGAUCCCACCUGGGAACCGAGAGUCUCCGUGUGGGUGCAGGUGGGAUCUGAAGUGCAGGAAUGAAGUGGUGGUGGCUGGAGGAGAUCCGGACAGGAAUCUGACCGGUGUGUGGAGCCUGAGUGUCGUCCCUCUGGAGAGGAGCCUUGUCCCUGGCUCGGGAAGAGGGGAGAUGGCUGGAACAGGCUCCAGCUGGGUCUCUGAGUCAGCAGGGUCUCCGUCCCUGCCCAAAGAGCAGCGGGACCUUCAGCUGCCUGGGGCAGAGUCAGUGGCUCUUUGUUUUGAGUUUGCCCCUUUGUGCAUCUGCCCUUUCACUUCUUAAAAAGUCGGUCUGUGAGGUGACAAGGCAGGUUCAGUCCAUUUCCAGCUGAGCAGCUGCUCUGUGGCUCAUCCAGAAGGCGGAAAAGGGGAGGUAUGACCAGAAUGGUGUUACUUUGGUUGUUUAAGUGCUACCGUUUUUCUGCAUUUCCCCUCUCCAGAGCCCCUUGCCCUGCCACUCCUGGCUGCCCAACAGCUCCUGCUCCCGCCGCCGAUGAAGGUGUAAAGGCCAAGCUGACCGGGAGGAGGGACCCUCAAGCAGCUGCUAAGAUGGGCAUGAGGAUCAAGCUGCACAGCACCAACCACCCCAACAACCUGCUGAAGGAACUCAACAAGUGCCGGCUCUCCGAGACCAUGUGCGACGUCACCAUCCUGGUGGGCUCCCGCUCCUUCGCUGCGCACAAGGCCGUGCUGGCCUGCGCCGCCGGCUACUUCCAGAACCUCUUCCUGAACACGGGGCUGGACGCUGCCAGGACCUACGUGGUGGACUUCAUCACGCCGGCCAACUUCGAGAAGAUCCUGAGCUUCGUGUACACCUCGGAGCUCUUCACGGACCUCAUCAACGUGGGCGUCAUCUACGAGGUGGCGGAGCGGCUGGGCAUGGAGGACCUGCUGCAGGCCUGCCACUCCACCUUCCCCGACCUGGAGAGCUCGGCCAUCCCCAGGCAGCCCUCCCUGUCCGUGGGGGAAGGCCGGGCAGGGCCGCUGAGCAGCACCUCCUCUGAGCAGAGCCACUCCUUGGGCGACCUCCGGAGCGGCGCCGAGCACUUCGGCCCCGAGCGGAAUUACCUCCUGCACGGGGACGUGGCGGGCGCCUACAAGGAGGAUGACAGGAAUCCCGUGGGCGAAGCCAGCCAGGCUCUUCCCCUGAUGCAUCCACAGCAGCCUCCCAAGACGGAGCAGGGGCCGGAUCCGGGGCAGUUCGCUCCGGCCGUGGGUCUGGGGGCCCAGCCCGGCGGGAAUGUCGUGGCACAGACCACCGGCAGCUCCUGCCCCCAGUACAAGCCCCAGAGCAACGGCGACUACGGGAAGGGCGGCUUCUUCCCUGCUGAUCCAUCCCUGGAUGUCUCCAUGGGCAGCAACUCCUGCCCUAGCAACAGUGACCACUCCAAAGAGCAGGGAUUCGAGCAGAUGGAUGAGCUCCAGCUGGAGGAUCUGGGAGAGGCCGAGCUGCAUUUUGAGGAUGCUGGAGAAGAGCUGGGCCCGUCCGAGGAGGUGAUUGAGCUGAGCGACGACAGCGAGGAGGAGCUGGCCUUCGAGAGCGACGGCCGGGACAGCAAGGCCAUGCCCUGCCAGGUGUGCAAGAAGGUGCUGGAGCCCAACAUCCAGCUGAUCCGCCAGCACGCCAGGGACCACGUGGACCUGCUCACCGGGAACUGCAAGGUCUGCGAGACCCACUUCCAGGACCGCAACUCCAGGGUCACCCACGUCCUGUCCCACAUCGGCAUCUUCCUCUUCUCCUGCGACAUGUGCGAGACCAAGUUCUUCACCCAGUGGCAGCUGACGCUGCACCGGCGGGACGGGGUCUUCGACAACAACGUCGUCGUCCACCCCAGCGACCCCCUGCCCGGGAAGGUGGCCGUGUUUGGGGGAGGGGGCAGCCCCGAGCUGGCCUGCGCUGCCUGCGGGAAGCCCCUGGCCAAAGAUUUCCACACCGUCCGGAACCACCUCCUGGAGCACGUGAACCUGAAGAGCCAGACGUGCGGCGUGUGCGACCAGAGGCACCUGAGCCUCUGCAGCCUGAUGUGGCACACCCUGUCCCACCUGGGCAUCUCCGUCUUCUCCUGCUCCGUGUGCGCCAACAGCUUCGUGGACCGGCAGCUCCUGGAGAAGCACCUGGCCGUGCACCAGCACGUGGAGGAGGCUCUUUUCCAGUGCCACUUCUGCAGCCAGAGCUUCAAGCUGGAGGCGGCCUAUCGGUACCACGUCAGCCAGCACAAGUGCGGCGGGAGCCUGGACAUCCGGGCGGGAUUCGGGGAGCGGCUGCAGCCGCAGGGGCUGCCCAAGAGGAAGCUGCCCGAGGAGUUCCUGAGCGAGGAGCUGGCGCUGCAGAGCCAGCCGGGCAACAGCAAGUACAGCUGCAAGGUGUGCGGGAAGAGGUUCGCCCACACCAGCGAGUUCAACUACCACCGGCGCAUCCACACCGGCGAGAAGCCCUACCAGUGCAAGGUGUGCCACAAGUUCUUCCGCGGGCGCUCCACCAUCAAGUGCCACCUGCGGACGCACUCGGGGGCCCUCAUGUACCGCUGCACCGUGUGCGGGCACUACAGCUCCACGCUCAACCUCAUGAGCAAGCACAUAGGGGUGCACAAGGGCAGCCUGCCCCCGGACUUCACCAUCGAGCAGACUUUCAUGUACAUCAUCCAUUCCAAAGAGGCCGAGAAGAACACGGAUAGCUGAUUGGGGGCGAGGCGGGAGGAGCGAGCGCUCGUUAAGGAAGCUGUGGAAGAAAAGAAAAAGUGUCGUUUCUUUUUAUUUAAUGGUCAGACAUCAUGGAUGGAAUUCUCCUUUUCGGUUUUUUUGGUUGGUUGGUUGGUUUGUUUGUUUUUAUUUUUGGUUUUUUGUGCCUAUUUAGGGCUUUUUUUUUAGAUUGGUGGCGUUGUACAAGUUAACAGCACGUGAGGUACAUCACUGUUUCAAGGAGUCUGUCGUGUUUACUUACCUCUGGUCCUGUUAGAGGCCAUCGAGUUCUGUGUUUUUAGUAUUUCUCACUAGUUUUUGAGUCUAGAUUCUAUUUUUUUGAGCCUUCUAGCCCACUCAACCAGGCUAACCCUGAGAUUGUCCCACAAACUGAUGCUGCUAAGAUUUUCACACCUGACCUCAGUGGAGAGGGACAGAGCCAGAGCGGGUGCUGGACUCGAAGGAAAGGAACAAAAAAGAAAGAAGAAAGACAAGACAUUCUGGGCACCCCUGGGGUUCUGCUGCUACUACCAGAAGAUGGGCCAGGUGUGUCCUGGGAUUGGCCGUCGCUGGCUCGCCAGGGAGCGGAGCAGGAAGCGUGUGAGUGUGCAGAUGAGGAGGGGGAUUCCUGGGUUCCCGUGGCUGUGCCACACUCGCUCGCGCCCUGAGGAGGAGAUGGAGCGGCACAACCUCCCCGCAGAGCCCGAGCGGAGGCGGCUGCUCGAGCACAGGGAUCUCUCAGAGGAGCCUCUGGGCUGGAGAGGGAGGGGAAGCAGGUCCGUGCUCCUGGCAGGUGAUUGGUGGUGGCCAUGGAGAGCUGCUGGAAUCCCCUGGCUCUGCCGUGUGCCGGGGCUGCCGGGUGGGACGUGAUGAAGCUGUUGCCUUAACUCCCUGGAAGGUACCUUGGAGGGCCCUCCUCCUGCUGAAGGGAUCCUCCCUCCCCCGCCGUGGAUCUCCACAUCCCGGACGUGUCUGGUGGCAAACGUGCGCUGUUGGAGCCAUGGGGGUUUGUUCCCGGAGCGGGAGCCGCAGCAGUGGCGGCUGCUGGGGACCUCAGCGUGGCCUCUCUGGCCACGUGCCAGGCACUGCUGGGCACAGGGGCUCUCCCGGACAUGAGUUGGGCGUCCCUUGGCAGGGGGGGCUCUCCCAGCCCCGCGUUGGGCGAUCCUGGGGGGGUCUCUGCUGGCCCCACCAGCGAGCUCAGCCCGUGCUGACAGUGUUUACACCAGGAAGGGUGGGAAUUGGCUUUUUCCCAUGUUAUCCUGCUGCGGGGCAGAGGUGGGGAGGAACAGAUAACUCCGAGCUCGGGCUGCCCUUCGGGAACUCAUUCUACCUCACAAACAGGAAGCGCUCGGGGGCUCUCGGUGGUCGCAGAUCGGCUCCCGCGCUUCUGUCAAGUUUUGCUGUUACUAAACUAAACUAAACUAGUGAUUUGCAAACCCUGGGAAAACUCACCCUGCUGCCCCUCCCCUGGGAAGGGGCCCCCAGGAAGGGACGUCCCGCGGCGGGGGCUGGACGAGAGCUCGGAGCGCCCGGGGGUCGCUCCCCCCGCGCCGCCAGGGCCUUGGGCGAGUCCCUUCACCUCUUUGCCUCAGUUUCCUCAUCUGUAAAAUGAGGGUGGUACCUCCCCUGGUACCGACCUACCUCCGGGAGCGGGGGGUGCCUGGAGCCUGCGGUGGGAGGAGGGGGGCACAGGUCAGCCCAGGCUGGCCUGGCUGCUGCAGCUCUGGGUUCCCAGCUCCGGUGCCGCGGUGCCAGGUCUGGGAUCGCUGCAGAGCCGUGUCCAGCUGAGCGUGGUCACGUUUUACAAAAAAAAAAGGAUUGUUUUGGGAAAGCUUGGGGCUCUGGGAACUGGGGGAGCUGGUGGUGCUUCGAUGGGGGCUCCUCUGAGCUGCUCUUUGGGUUCUGGGGUUUCUCUCAUGGAAUCAUGGGAUGGAUGAGGCUGGAAGGGAUCACUGGAGGUCACCCAGUCCCCUCCUGUGCUCACACAGGGUCCCCUCGAGAUCAGGACUCAGGGCAGGGACAGGGAUGGACACGGCCUGUGCUGCUCUGGAGGUGGCAAUGAAGGAUGUGAGGGACAGAGGAGGCUGGGAGAGCCUUGAGACCCUCCUGGAACGUUCCAGAAGCCGUGGUGAGCUUUGGGAAGGGUCGGGGCACAGCACCUGCAGCCCUGGAUCUCAAUAAGCUGUGAAGCAAAAGCCUUUUGUGCACAUUAACCAAAAAGAGAAGCUUUGACACUGAAACACUUAAGGGGCACAACCAGCCCUGGGGGGAAAGCAGGAGCCAGCUCCCAUCCCUGGAACUUCUGCUUGCCUGUGAUACAGUGGAUCAUUCCCAUGUGGAACAUCCUGCAGCAGGGGACAGGGGGACAGGUCUGGACCUGCCUCUGCUCCUCCUCAGAGGGCUCAGAGACCUGAGUGCUCCCCUGGGAGGGUCCUGGUCCUGUGCAGGGGUGUCACCCCUGUGACUGCUGUCCCCUUGUCCAGCUGGGAGCUCCAGGUCCACGCUCAGCUCCGUGUUGGGAGCCUCAGGGCGGUUGCUCCGUGCUUGGUUCUGUUCCUGCUCCACCACUGUGGGCAAACCUGCUCCCUGCUGUCCCUGCUCCCCUCAGUGACCACAGGGACACCCACCUACCUCCCCUGGGCCAGCCUGAGGGGUUUGCCAAGUGCUUUGGGGUAGUUGAGGGGGAUGCAGAGAGGAAAUGCCGGGUCCUGAAGCCUCCCAGGGAGCUCUGACAGGGAAUCCCCCUCCUGGGGCCUGCACCGAGCCCACCCCCAACACAGAGUUCCUUUUCCCCGUUCCCAACAGAUCCAGGUCUCUCAUCAGAGUGAUGAAGCAGAAGAAAGAGCAAGGGUUGAAUUUGCUGUCUAACCUUUUCGUUAAGUUAAUCGUAGGUACUGACCUCCUGCUAUUUAAGUGUUUACUAUCUAUUUGCUGUAAAGUUUUGUAUAUUUUGUAAACUCUGCCCCCCCCCAAAUCGUAGAUGUCUAAAAUCGUUGUACAUCGGGUUCUUUUCUACUCCAUUGUUCAGCACAAAGUGUGGUUUUUAUUUAGAAUAAUAAAAACGGAAAACGUU